GACGGAGCGCAGCCCCGGGAGGAGCAGGACGGAGCCCAGGAGCCGCCGCCGCCGCCCGCCAUGGUGCUCGUCAAGGAAUAUCGUGUUCUUUUGCCCGUGUCUGUGGAGGAGUACCAAGUGGGGCAGCUGUACUCCGUGGCAGAAGCCAGCAAGAACGAAACGGGCGGUGGCGAAGGGGUGGAAGUCCUGGUGAACGAGCCCUAUGAGCGCGACGGGGAACGUGGGCAGUACACACACAAGAUCUACCACUUGCAGAGCAAAGUCCCUCCCUUUGUGAAGAUGCUGGCCCCAGAGGGAGCCUUGAAUAUCCACGAGAAAGCCUGGAAUGCCUAUCCUUACUGCCGGACUGUUAUUACGAAUGAGUACAUGAAAGACGACUUCUUGAUCAAAAUUGAGACCUGGCACAAACCGGACCUUGGCAUGCAGGAGAACGUUCACAAACUGGACCCGAAUGAAUGGAAGAACGUAGAAGCCGUCUAUAUCGACAUUGCAGACCGGAGCCAAGUGCUUUCAAGGGAUUACAAGCCGGAAGAAGACCCAUCAAAGUUCAAAUCCACCAAAACGGGGCGUGGCCCUUUGGGGCCCAACUGGAGGAAGGAGCUGGGCAAGCAAACCGACUGUCCAUACAUGUGUGCUUACAAGCUAGUAACGGUCAAGUUCAAGUGGUGGGGGCUGCAGAACAAAGUCGAAAACUUUAUACAGAAGCAAGAGAGGCGGCUUUUCACAAAUUUCCACCGGCAGCUGUUCUGCUGGCUUGAUAAAUGGGUUGACCUGACCAUGGAGGACAUUCGCAGGAUGGAGGACGAGACGAAGAGGCAGCUGGAUGAGAUGAGACAGAAGGACCCCUUGAAAGGAACGUCGGCUGCAGAUGACUAGCGUGGAUUCCUCUCUUUGCACGUUUGCAAAACAGCCAGCAGGAAGGCCCAGGAACUCCACCCUCUUGACCAACGGACCAUCUCUGGAUCAAGCCCUCCUCUAUCCAGUCAGCAGGCGACUUCCAACCUCCCCUAGCUAACUCUAGUGGCCCUUACUAUCGUGAGCAAAUAGACAGUCCUCUGGUCCUGAGCGCUCUGGCCUUGGCACCUGGGCUGGAGGCGCUUCCUGGGGGAUGGCUGCACCUGUGACACAGCCGCCUUCCCCAGAAGAGUGUUCAGCCCGAUUCCCACGUGGCUCUUUGAUUUCCAAGUGACCGUUUUAGCUGAAAUAGUCUUGUGAUGUGGUGAUUUAGAUUUCAUAUGUAUGUAUAUAUCUAUAUUUUUCCUUUGGAACACUGGGAUAAACUGCUGCCUUUGUUUCUUCACCUUUCUUUGUCCAUUUGUGGAGAUGGGAACUCAGUAUUAGAGGGUGUCAGGCCAACCAUUUGGCUCCCUGAAUACCACGGGGGUGGGCAGGGCUCCUGGCCACAAGCAGCAGCGAAGAUUGCUACUAGCAGUGCCCACCUGCAUCAGCCUCUGCUCCUUGCCCAGGUUCUGCCUGCUGAGCCCCUUCCAGUGUGGUCCUCAAGGUCCACAUUGCCGCUUGUGGGGUGGUGGGAGCAGGUGACUUAGUUGGCCUGCUAAGAAAACAGUCCUGGGUAUCCUCCACCUUCCCCUUUACUACAGUAAACAAGCUGAAUGGUCUCUUAACCCGACCACCAAACAAAUUGCACAAGCAGAAUCCCGUUCUUUGGUUGUUUCCUGCUCAGGCGCUGCUUGUGUUGGGCGUUUGUGAUGCUCCUGAGCAAUAAGGCCCGCAGCACGGAGCAGUGGCACUGCAGAGGGGGUGAUCUGUCUCUCUUGGUUGCCAGGAGCUGCAGGGGUCAUGGCCAAAGGCUGGCUGAGCUCUUUGCUGCUGAGGAGGGGCUUCUAAAGCCCACUUGCCUGUGGGCUGGCAGCUGCUUAAGACAAUCACAGGAGAAAGAGCGGGUUGAACAAACACUGCCGGCUUCACUCAGGAGCUGGCGGAAGCAGAGCUGAGGCCAUGCCUUGGUGUGGCAGCCUCUGUAGCCGGGUCUCCUCCCUUUCUCUGCGCCUGAAGCAGUGGCCCUUGCCAGACAGAGAGGGUGGGAGACAAGCAGGGUGACGACAGGCAGCUUUGCCUGGAGAGGAGGCAGUUUAUCCCUCUUGUCCUCUUGUUUUGUCCAUUUUUUGCCUUAUCGAUGUCCAAGUGCAAUAAGCAAGCUUGAUCCGUUCUGGUCGCGCUCUCUUGACAGAUGACUUGAGGGGCUUUAGGGGAAAGGGGCUUUUAGCAAGCUCCCCAGACGGAGCGGGAGACAUGGCUCAGCACUGGGCCUGCCUUGCCUGCCUGAGAAAGCCCAGGGGUUGGGGCAAAGUCUGUUGGGACCAGGAAUGUGUCGGGUGCUCCCUCCUCCCUCCCCUCCAGGGCAAGGAGGCCCCCUGGUUAAUCUUCCUGUACUGUAAAAUACUGAGAAUUGGGAAUUAAAACACUGAACAUUUUUUUCCUUUUGGUAAUGAAGUGUAAGAGGAUUCUUAUGCUUGAAUGUGUUAACUGUUUCUGUGGCUGUUCUUAUCACUCCUGCUGCUUAAAGAUUUGUUUUUUAGCUGAGAGGCUUUGUAGCUGGUGACACCACAUCUCUAUGGAAACAGAUGGUGACAUUUCGAAGGGCGGGGGAGAAAAUCAAGGGAAGAUUGUGGUACGAAGGUGAAAGCUCUCAUUAAAACACAAAGCUUUCCUGCUUAGCAGUAAGAGCGAGAAAAAUGCAGCGAACUUCCACUCUGUGUGUCCUUUGUUCUGCUCUUUGCGUGUUGCGUUUCUUUAGAGUUCGCCUCCUGCUGAACUGUAGCUGAGGCACAUCUUCUGAGCCUUCUCUCUGCCUCCCCGCCCCCCCCCCCCCCCCCGUGACGACUGACCUCUUUGUUCCUUCUUGGGAGGAGGGGGGAGCCCAGCAAUGGGAGCAGAGAGGGUGCUGCGGAGGCACUGCGUACGUAACAUGUUGCGUUUGGCUUCACCACCCAGACCCCACCCCACCCUGUUGGCUUGGAGGAGGAGGGUGGGUAUGGUUGCUGAGCUGAGCUGCUUUCUCCCAACACCUGCCUGGGCUUCCAUCCUUGGAGCCCAGUGGGGGGAGAGAAGCCCCCCACCCCACCAGCAUGCUCCUGCCUUUCUGGGCUCAUCCUCUGCUGGCCUCUGCAGGGACUCCCUGAUCUGUUUUGGUUGGUUCCUAGUGCAACUCCUUUUUAUGGCAAACACUUUGUAGACUUGAUUAGAUGAUCUUAUUGUUUCUUUAAUGUGAGUUUGUGCCUUUUUUUGUCUCCCAAUCUUCCAAUACAGGCAUAUUGGAAACAAAUCUAAUAAAAUCAUAGACAGAG